AUGUUGUUACGUAGAAUGUACUUGACGUACAAUGUUGGACUUACUGCUUUUUUGGUGCUCUUGGAAGGAAUUUCUUUCGGACUUCAAUUAUUCUAUGUGUUUCACUAUGUCGACACAAGACAAGUCUAUUCAUACACUGGAAGAAUUUGUAUUCAAUUUUCAGUUAUCGGAAUGAUUGGGGUUUCUUGUUUUGUUUUUUCUCUCAUCAUUGCUAAAUGUGUUCAACUGGUGAGAAUUAUUUGGUCAAAAGAUCAGUACAUGCACAUUACAACAAAAUUUAGAUCCUUUAUACACUCGUUCCCAUGCUGUCCGUGUGGAGAGGCUCCUCGAUGGAUUGACAUUUCCUUUCAGGCACUAUUAAUUCUAUUUCUUGAAUUAGUGCCUGUUUUAAUUGCAGUUCUUACGCUCUUUGUUACCCCAACGACAGAGUUUUUAUCCAAUUUUUCUGUCGCUUUUCAGAAUUUCAUAACUUCUGGAUUUUUGUUCAGUUUCAUAUUUGUUAUUACUUGGUGGAUUGGAAGCUUGAUUGAGAAUUGGAAAAGAUUAAUCAUGUUUAUUGUUGGAAGAAGAGAUUUCUUCGAAAAAUUGAGAGCCACAGAAUAUGGAAAUACGGAACGAAAAGUUCGAAAAUUAUCAAUAACAAAAGUAGCUGUAAACGCUAGUUAUGGAACGGCACAACUGAAUCUAGAAAAUAUUGAGGCUAGCCAAGAACAAAAUACUAUCACUCGUCCAAGAUCGUCCAGUUCCCUAAGCUCUAAAUCCGAUUUUGAAUAUAUAAGUGACAAGGUUAUGCUCGAUGUGAGUCCAUCAUCUCGUGACAUGAACAUCGCAGUCAACUCGAGUGCAUACAAUAGAAAAUAUCAGGAUGAAGACCAAGAUGAAGACGAAGCGUCUUAUCAAAGCGAAAAACUAUAUGAAAUUGAGAAGGAACGAAACGUGUGGGUAAUUUUGGCUUGGUAUUGUUGUUUGGCAGGAAUCAAGUUUCCUUCCUGUACAGCAAUUUAUUACAAGUUGAAAAAGUGUAUUCGGCUACGCUCAAACGAUGAUGAGGACAGAGACAAGCGAAAAAUGAGCUUGAAAAUGAGCUACUUUUGGGCUUUAUUAACUUUUGUGCUGAUGGUUCUAGUCAUUUGUUUAUUAGGAGUAUUUCACCUCUCUGAAGUAUUUUUAAUUGCAACAGUGGUUCUCGUGUGUCUUGUUGUGAACACCUUCUCUGAGAGAUACUUUUACAUUCCUGUUCACAUGCCUUCAAAAGAUAAGCUCAUCUCAUGCUGGAAGUUCAACGAAAAGAAGGUUCAAAACAAGGAACGUUUCAGAAUUGUUGCCUGGCUGGAUAAGUAUAUCACGUUUGUUGAAGAGGUCUUUUAUCACUCUCCACACGUCAUUUACAAGGCAUCCAAAUUUUUAAUGUUUACAUUCACUGUGGUCAUUGCAUUAUGUAUUACUUUCAAAUUUACUGAAACGUAUUUGACGUUUUUCAUUCCUUGGACCUUCUGUUUACUCGUUUAUAUUUUCCAAGUCUUGCGAUUUAAUUUACACAAAUGGUGGGACAAGAUAUUAACUUGCUUUGGAAGAACCUCUCUAAAAAGCGAGCAUGCCUCAGAGUCUGAAAGCACUGCAUUCAUGAAGGACUUGUAUAAUGAACCUACCGAGGACAUUCCUGCCCUCACUUCAAAAACCACCAAUGCCUCUGAGCCCAUUCACAUUAUUUCUCAAUCACCCAAGAGUAGCCAAGUAGGCAUUGAGGAAAUUCCUAUGGCCACUCCACCCCUUCAGAGAACUUCUGUUUCGAGCUUGACAUUUAAGCAUUUAUCUCAAAAAUCAAGUUACUACCGAAAUGACAUUCCACCUCACUAUCAUUGUGAGCACGAGUCCACCUUUUUCAGAUUUCUUACUGUUUUAUAUUUCCAAGUUUCGAUCAUGAUUUCCUUGAUAUUACUUAUUAUUUUCACCUUCUACUUUAUUGGAUGGAUUUCAGGUGUUUGCCUCAUUGUACUCCUCCUUCUCAUUUCGUUUGUGUUAUUCAUGCGUGUGGACAUUGAUGCAGCUGACAGUUUAUUUGCUUGCUUCAUUGUCUUUUUAUUCAUUUUGGGAGCAGUAUUUGUGUUGGGAGGUUUGAAUGCUUCUGCUGGUAGCGAUGAUUUAUAUUGGAGCCGUGCUGGAUAUCAUCCCAAUGAAACAGUCAAACAAUUUGAUAUUUGUUCAAAUUCAUGGCAUGGCUAUAGCAUUGUCGAUUUUGCGCUGUUGAGUGCCUUAUCAUACGAAAUUGAUCCUUACUUUUCACAUGACUUGCAUACUUGGUUCCCAUCAUGUAAAGGAUGUUAUGUGAGACAUCGAGAGAAUGAAACCAUCAACUUCUUUGACCUCUAUGUACCAUCCAAGAAUUUGUCCAUCAUAUCGGUACGAGGAACCACGAUUCCACGAGAUGUUGUUCAAGAUUUUGAUGUUUGGAAAGAAGCAGGUCUAUUACAGAUCGCUGCAGCUGUGGGUCCAUUCGCCGUAUGGCCACAUUCACUGCUCACAAAUAUUGUGUGGUAUGUCUCUCAAAUGGAAAAAUUGACCAUGGUCCAACAAAAUCCAAAUGCAACCCUGGGAGAAACAAGAUAUUAUUAUCAAAUUUUGGAUGAUUAUGUGGCAAAUGCAAAGAAAGAUAGAAAUAUCAUUUUGUGUGGACAUAGUUUGGGUGGUGGCCUUGCAAAAAUCGUUGGCAGCCGUAAUGCUGUUCAAGCUGUUACUUUCUCAGGACCAGGUGUCAUGCUCUCCCGAAUGAAAUUCGAUAUCACUCAAAACAACAUUGACAGCUAUAGUGUGAGUGUAAAGCCAGCAGUAGACUUGGUGGCACAAAUAGAUAUUGAUGGAGGUUUGGUUCAGCAUAUUGAAUGCCCUUACUCGUUUGUCACUUGCCACAGUAUUGUUCGUACUACAAGGGAGCUGAUUAAGAGUUGUGGUGAUUCUCUCAAUCGAUGGAUCGAAGGACAAGUGAAUGCAACCUUACCAAAUUGA